CGCUCCGGCGAUGGCCUCGGCCACCAUCGUUCACGACACGUCUGAGGCGGUGGAGCUGUGCCCCCUGCACGGCCUCUACCUGAAGCCCAUCACGAAGAUGACCAUCAGCGUGGCCCUGCCGCAGCUGAAGCAGCCGGGCAAGUCCAUCUCCAACUGGGAGGUGAUGGAACGGCUGAAGGGCAUGGUGCAUAGCCACCAGUUCUCCACGCUGCGCAUCGCCAAGAGCACCAUGGACUUCAUCCGCUUCGAGGGCGAGGUGGAGAACAAGAGCCUCGUCCGCUCCUUCCUGGCCUGCCUGGACGGCAAGACCAUCAAGCUCAGCGGCUUCUCGGACAUCCUCAAGGUGCGCGCCGCCGAGUUCAAGAUCGACUUCCCCACGCGCCACGACUGGGACUCCUUCUUCCGCGACGCCAAGGACAUGAACGAGACCCUGCCGGGCGAGCGGCCGGACACCAUCCACCUGGAGGGGCUGCCCUGCAAGUGGUUCGCCCUGAAGGAGUCAGGCUCCGAGAAGCCCAGCGAGGAGGUCCUGCUCAGGGUGUUCGAGAAGUUCGGGGAGAUCCGCAACGUGGACAUCCCCAUGCUAGACCCAUAUCGGGAGGAGAUGACCGGCCGCAACUUCCACACCUUUAGCUUCGGGGGCCACCUCAACUUCGAAGCCUACGUUCAGUACCGUGAAUAUGCGGGCUUCAUCCAGGCCAUGAGCGCCCUCCGUGGCAUGAAGCUUAUGUUCAAGGGUGAGGACGGGAAGGCUGUGGCCUGCAACAUCAAGGUGUCCUUUGACUCCACCAAGCACCUGAGCGAUGGCUCCAUCCGGAAGCGGCAGCUGGAGCGGCAGAAGCUGCAGGAGCUGGAGCAGCAGCGAGAGGAGCAAAAGCGCAGGGAGAAGGAGGCCGAGGAGAGGCAGCGGGCCGAGGAGAGGAAGCAGAAGGAGUUGGAGGCGCUAGAACGCGAGCGGAAGCGGGAGGAAAAACUGCGGCGGCGCGCCCAGAAGCAGCGGGACCGCGAGGUGCGGCGCAGUCAGAAGAAGCUGGAGCGGCUGCAGGCCGAGGAGCAGAAGCGGCUGCAGGCGAAGAUCCGCUCGGAGGAGAGGAAGCUGCUGCUGGCGCAGAGGAACCUGCAGUCCAUCCGCCUCGUCGCCGAGCUGCUCAGCCGGGCCAAGGCCGGGAAGCUGCGUGAGGCCGCGCGGCAGGAGGAGCGGCGGCGGCUGCAGGAAGCCGAGCUGCGGCGCGUGGAGGAGGAGAAGGAGCGCGCCUUGGGGCUGCAACGCAAGGAGCGCGCACUGCGGGAGCGCCUGCUCAGCAUCCUCCUCAGCCGCCAGUCCGGGGCCGCGCCGCGCGCGCACGAUGACCUGCUGCGACCCGUCCUCGACAUGCUGCAGGGCGUGUCCGCCGGCCGUGCGCCCCCCGGCCCGCCCCCUGAGCCCCCGGCCCCGGCCCCGAACACGCUGGCCGAGGACAAGUCCUGCCCGGGCGUGCUGGCCUGCAUCCCCGACAACACGCCGCAGCCCAAAGGCGUGCCUGCCGGAGGAGGUCCUGACUCUCCCAAGAGGGACACGCGCUCCCUGGUGGACAAGUGCAACCGCGCUCCCAGCCCCGGCCGCGCCCGCGCUAGCCGGGAGCGCACCACCGAAGCCACCGCCGGGACCGCUCCCGCUCGCGCUCCGCUAGCCGCCACCGCAGCGCCUGGAACAGGUAGUGACGGCCGGCCCAGCUCCGCGACCCCUGGAGCUUGGCGGUCUGGAGCCUCGAUCCUCGUGGUGACCUGCGUGCGGCCCAGUGACCGGGAGGCAGGCUCUAUCGACAGCGCACUCUGGACCCAGGGUCUCUUCCCCCGGGAGGCAACACGGACACUUCCGCCUCGGAAGCGUGGCGGUCACUCUUUUUGCUUUAGACUUCCUUUCCGAUUUUCGGACCCGAUAGCUUUGAUGUCACUGGCCGUGUGUGAAGUCGAGCCCACCUGGCAGACAGACCUGCGUGGUCAUUCCACGCACUGCCUCUCCCGGGACCAUGCGUACUGGGCACAGGGCGGGCGGCUCCAGCAUCACCGAAGGCGCUGA